AUGGCGUGGCUUCUAAAACGAAUUGCUGAAGGUCACCUUCGCUGAGCGCGCUCUCUGGGUCCAUUAAACCAUCACUCGUCGGCCCUACGUGACCGGUGGCACGAAAAGCGCGAACUACACACGAAAUUCCCGAUUUACAUCUAAAAUGGCGACUUUACAACAACUCAUACAGCCAGUGCAGCCCAAGACUGACGAUACGAACAACAAGGUCACUGUGGUGGGCACGGGUCAGGUGGGCAUGGCUGCCGUCUUCGCUAUGCUUACACAGGGCGUGACCAACAACAUCGCGCUCGUAGACGUUAUGGAGAACAAGCUGAAGGGAGAAAUGAUGGACUUGCAGCAUGGCUCCGCGUUCAUGAAGAACGCCAAGAUCCAGGCAAGCACGGAUUAUGCUAUUACUGCUUUCUCUAAGAUCUGUGUGGUGACAGCGGGCGUGCGACAGCGCGAAGGAGAGUCGCGCCUCGCCCUUGUGCAGAGAAACACUGAUGUGCUGAAGCGCAUCAUCCCAAAGCUGGUACAAUACAGCCCAGAUACGAUCUUAAUCAUCGCAAGCAACCCGGUGGACAUCCUCACCUAUGUCUCUUGGAAGCUUAGCGGCUUGCCUAAGCACCGCGUGAUCGGGUCCGGGACUAACCUAGACUCCGCUAGGUUCAGAUAUCUGCUGUCUGAGAAGCUCUCAGUAGCUGCUACAUCCUGCCAUGGAUACAUUAUUGGGGAGCAUGGUGAUAGCAGUGUGCCUAUCUGGUCCGGCGUCAACGUGGCCGGUGUCCGCUUCUGCGACCUCAACCAGAGAAUUGGUACUGAGACUGACCCCGAGAACUGGAACGAACUCCACGAAAUGGUGGUGAGGAGUGCCUACGAAGUGAUUCGCCUGAAGGGCUAUACUUCUUGGGCUAUCGGCCUCUCGCUCUCGCAACUCGCAAGGGCUAUACUGACUAAUGCUAACAGUGUUCAUCCUGUAUCCACUUACGUGAUGGGCGAGCAUGGCAUAGAUGAAGAAGUUUUCCUGUCUCUGCCCUGCGUGUUGGGACAGAACGGCGUCAGUGACGUAAUCCGCCAGCCCCUCACUGAAAUUGAGCUUGCUCUGCUCCAAAAGUCCGCGCUAGUCAUGUCCGCAGUGCAAAUCGGCAUCAUAUUCUAAGUCAUUUGCAUUUGUUUUUUAUUUAACUUAGGUACAGUGUAGUGACCAAUUUUUAGAGCACGAUAAAACGUAACUUUAAAAGUAUACGUGUUGAGUAAAUCACAUGUACCAUGUUUUUUUUAGAAUGUAAUCUAUAUUUAUUUUGUUAUUUUAGACCUCAAUUUGAAAACAACGUUUUAUCUUCUCAGUAGGGCAGAAUUGCUUUGUAGCAAAACUGCGGGCAACAACUUUUAUAUUGAAGAUCUUGGAUACAGUACACUGUACACAAUAGGUACAACAGUACAGUAUUAGGUAUUUUAUCUUUCCACACAAUAUGGCGAGAUAUUGAGGUACACAAAUUAUAUAACUAAUUCUGUUUACUCUCAUAGUAACUAAUGCAUGAUUAGUAAUUAUUAUGUAAGAGCAAUAAUUGCUCUUACGUAAUUAUAUACAGAAUUGCUCAGAAAUAGGUCACUCGCGUACCUGUUGUCCGGGUAAAGCCCUUUUUUCCUUUCUUUGAUUAUUCUAUUUAAAAGUAUGCCACACAGGGUGUUCAUUCAAUUUUUGAUUAGACGAAAGUAUUCGCUAAUCUAUUUCGUAUUCAUUUUAAAGGUGUGUCAUUUGCGUUCAUAAAUAAAAAAGAUAAAAGGUUAAAAAAAAUGUCUAUUUGAUAAUCACUUUUUCA